AAACAAAAACAACGUUAGUUUCCUUUUUUUUCUUCAGCACCUAUAAUUUUAUAAAAAAAAAAAAAAAUGGAAGACAGUAAUACUCCAUACACGCAUGUCAUUGGGAUCGAUUUCGGGACAAAGUUUUCUUCUGUUGGUUAUUGUUCAAGGGAAUCUAUAUCUGAUAAAAAAAUCGUAGAUAUUUAUCAAUGGUAUCAAGGAUGCUACAGACACUAAAAUGAAUAGUUUUCCAAAAGUACCAACUAUUAUUGCAUAUCACAAAACCGACCCAAGAAAAAUAAAAUGGGGCCUAUCAGCAUUGAAUAUGACGGAUGAGGAAAAAUUGGAAUAUGAUGAAGUAAUCGAGCUGUUUAAGCUACAUUUGGAUGAAGAAUACAUUAAUAAUCCCGGAGAAAUUGUUCCUACCUUACCAGAAGACACGUCUCCGGUGACCGUUAUUUCUGAUUAUUUAAAAGAGCUUCACGAGUUUGUGUGUGUUGAAAUGAGGAAAACUCUGGGCGACGAUCAGGAUUUUAAUAGUAAAAAAGAAUUAUUUCAGUAUCGAUUAACAGUGCCCGUAGAAUGGUCAGAGAAGGCCAAGUAUAAAAUGAUUUCAGCAUCAAUAUCGGCAGGAAUUAUUACAAGGUAUGAUCCACCCGAGAAACUGGUUCUGAUCAGUGACUUGGAGGCAACAAUAUUAAAUAUAGAAAUGGCGCCAGACGGGAUCGAUUUAGAAUCAGGUGAUAAUGUGUUGAUAUGUGAUAUUGGUGGUUCUACCGUGGAUAUUUCUGUAUUCACAAAGAUCGUGGAAGGAGAUAAAAAAAUACUAGCCGAGAUAACAGAAAGAAAUCAACGCCCUAUGCUUUUGGGCAAGAAAGACAAGACGCAAUGUUUUUGGAUUUUUUGAAUUUUUUUAACGCCGAAUUGAAGGUGACAUCUAAACUGAUGAAAAAAAAAAAGAGUUGUAAGAGUUCUGAUGAUUAUAUUCAGGCUUUAUUUGGAAGCAACAUGACCAGCCUAAUCACCGACAGAUAUAAUGAUGAAACCGGAUGCUUUAAAUCUGGUAUAGAUGAAUUUGAAAUAGACCCUGAAAUGAUCAGACAGCAAGUCUUUGAUCACACACUGUCAGAAAUCCUGGAUAUUAUGGAUGAUCAAAUAUAUCAACUGGCAGAGCAUGAUUUAAGUUUGGAUUACAUAGUAUUGACUGGUGGCUUCAUCCCAAAUUAUUAUUUAUUUAGGAGCAUAAAAGAAAGAUUUAGUAUGCAGGUUAAAGAAGUAAUCUCUCCCAUAAACGGGGCAGCACUUACAUUAUCUCGCGGUGCCACCUAUUCUGUUCUAUUAGACCCUUAUGAUGAAGCAACACACUCUCCAUAUCUUCCCGCACACCUCCCCAACAAUAAGG